AUGGGCAGGCGUGCACCCAGUGCUACAAGGCCAAGUGCCGCUGUGUACGCACGCCAAGCGGUGAUACUUGUGAACGGUCAGCAUGCUCUCGGCCGGUGCAAAGAUGACCUUCCAGCUGAUUCUGUCAGAUGUAUCCGUCUAAAGAAAAGGUGUGAGCCGUCCGAGUCGGUUCGAAGGCGGAAUGCGCAGAGUACACAGACAGCCAAGGUGUCCGAUAGACGCAUCGCCAGGCUCGAGGAUAAGAUGGAGAGCCUGCUAUCGGCCAUGCAGUCAUUCAUCGGUACCACGGCGUCGUCUGCGUCAUCGGCCAACGUUAUACAGCCGCAACAGCUCAACUGCGACGGCCUCCCAUCAUCCACGUCGUACUCGAAUAGCAGUCUGGUAACCCCCGCGAGCUCGACGCUGGGGUUCAACGAGGGGCAGACAUUCGCGCCGGACUCAUUGACCACAGUAUCGCCGAACUCGAACCAAAAUGCGAUCUUUCUGUCUCAGCCGUAUGUUCCAUCGACUCCGGCGCCAUCGCCAAACCACGCCGAUGAACGGCUUCAUUUCUUCCGAACUCGAAUGCUGCCAUCUUUCCCGUUUCUUGAUCUUACGCCGGACAUGACGAGCUGGUAUCUGCGCCAGAACAGGCCGUUUUUGUUCCAAGCCAUCCACACCGUGACUACUUUUUCGACACAGGAAAGACUGACUCAGGUCGAAGAGCUGAAGCGUCUCAUAUUCACAUCGGCGUUGCUCAAAGUGCAGUCGAAUAUCGAUCUCCUGCUUGGGCUACUAACAUAUCUAGCGUGGAGUACUGACCCCUUUCUCGGUCGCGCAGACCUCGUCUCGCGCCUCAUGAUGCUCGCCAUUUCCCUCGUUAUAUCGUCGCAUCUUGGGCGUCAAGACGCCUUACGAUGGACGCCUCAGAUGGAAGAGGCGCUUCGGGUCCUCACAAUCAGCGAAGCAUGUCCUUCGGAUAGGUUGUUUGUCGCUCAGGUUCGCUUGCAGCUGUUGAAACAAAGAUCGGAUGAGGCCCGACAACAGGACGAGGCUCGCACAGGAACAGCGCCUACCGCGGCUUCUGCUCCUCGCUUAUUGUAUCUCAAGACCCUACGACGGGAGCUGCAGGAGCUCAGGGCUUCAUUUCCGCCAGAUCUCCACCAGAUAGAUGUUCUCAACACACACGCACAAUACGUCGAAUUAUACAUCAACCAGCUAGCAUAUUCUAUUAGCCAAGACUCACUCCCUCUAGAUCUUGCCGGACGAAUGGGUACCGGAUCGCAAUUAGGGUUCCAACGGCUGGAGUGUUUGUGGCAGUCGGUCGAGAACAUCAAAUCAUGGCUGGACAAUUUCUACAAAAUCCCCUGCUCGAAGCUGGUCGGCCAGCCGUUCCAUUUCUGGUCCCAGAUGAUUCUAACCAUCACCCUCCUGAAAUAUCUGACGACCCUGAAAGACCCAGACUGGGACUGCCAGGCGGUGCGGAACACCGUCCACCUGAUUUCGACGAUGGACUGUAUGCUGCAGAAGCUCGAUCUGAGCAGCAAGGAGCCGGAGCUGCAGUGUAACGACCAUCUCCUGAAGUUUUUAUCCAAACUGUUGAGCAGGUGUCGCGUGUGGGCGGAAGCCAGGUGGAAUAUUGCCUCUCAGAUGCAGGACGGGGACACCAGGCAGUGCCGGAGUGCCAAUCCUGACACGAAUUCCCACAAUUACUAUAUCCCUGAUCUGGAUCAGAUGGUGUUCAUGCAGUCGAUGGAUCUGGGGGAUGAUCAAUGGUUUGAGAACGUGCUGGGUAUGCCCACGAUGUUCUAUUAG